GCUAAACACCCCCCCGGGGGAGGGGAAGCAUUUGAAGUCUGGGGCCAGGCUGAAAGCUGGAAAAGUGCAAACUGGAUAGGAGAGCGCUCAACGCGAGUGGACUACAAAGCCCAGAGUGCACAGCGUCGCUCUCCUCAGCUCCACUACGGGCCCUGCGCGCCAUGGAGGCUGGGAAAUGAAGUCUGUGGACUUCCAGAGCCCCGCGCCAGGGCAGAAGGGAGGCGUUGCUAGUCCGCUCCUUCAGCACGCGGGUUCCUGGCUGGCCUCGGGGUUUCUCGCUCCCGCUCAGGGUUUUCGUGGACGGCGGGAGCAGUAUGGCUUGCCUGAGUAAACUCCGGGGGGAGGAGGGGAAGGGAGUGGAUAAGGAGGCGGGGUCAGCGGAAGCGGCAGGUUGCUUCCUUCUCUUCGCGCUCCCUCCCCGCCUCUCCCUGAGGGAGCGGUGGGAGGGGGAGGGUAGGGCAGAAGGAAGGUAGUGACACGUGUCAAUCAACCCCCCUCCGGGGGGCGCGCGCUCCGGGGCUCGCGCCGAGGGCUCGCGCCCCUGCCUCGUGCCUGCGCCGCUCGUAUGUAAAUGAGGGCGCGUGACGCGGGACGCAGAUGGACAAGGGAAGAGAGAGAAUGGCCGCUGCCGCCGCUGCUGCCGCCGCCGCCGCUGCCGCUCAGUGCCGGAGCCCUCGGUGCGCGGCGGAGAGGAGAGGAUUCCGGCGGGAACUCGACUCUUGGCGCCACCGCCUCAUGCACUGUGUAGGUUUUGAGAGUAUUUUAGAAGGGCUUUAUGGACCACGGCUACGAAGAGACCUCAGUUUAUUUGAAGUUUUGUCCUUUAUGGCUGGAAACAACUACAGUGUACAAAUUACCACAUUUUAUUGUUCCUCAAUUAUUGGACACCAAGACUGUGAACCAGAAGAGCUGACUGACUGGUCUAUGGAUGAAAAAUGUUCAUUUUGUAACCUACAGAGAGAAGCAGUCAGUGAUUGUAUGCCAUCUCUUGAUUCUUCACAGUCAACGCCAACAGAAGAGCUAUCAUCUCAGGGCCAGUCCCACACUGAUAAGAUUGAAUGCCAAGCAGAAACUUACCUAAAUGCACUCUUUCGAAAGAAAGAUCUUCCUCAGAACUGUGAUCCUAACAUUCCCUUAGUUGCUCAGGAAUUAAUGAAAAAGAUGAUACGUCAGUUUGCAAUUGAGUACAUCUCAAAAAGCGGUAAAAUUCAAGAAAAUAGAAAUGGUUCAGUUGGAGCAAGUCUCGUUUGUAAAAGCAUCCAAAUGAACCAAGCAGAGAACUGCCUUCAGGAUGAGCAAGAAGGCCCCUUAGACCUCACUGUGACUCGAACGCAAGAGCAAACUGCUCAGCAAGGGGAUGGAGUGUUAGAUCUCUCUACAAAGAAAACCAGCAUAAAAUCUGAAGAGUCAUCCAUAUGUGAUCCUUCUUCUGAAAAUGCAGUGGCUGGUUCAACUGUUGAUGCAAAAUCAGAGGAAGCUACUAAAAUGGAAAAAGGAAAAUCAGCAUUAAGCAAAGUUUUGGAAUCUUUGUGCAUACAUCACCAUCAACAAGUUUUGGCUAUGUUGAAAUUUCUAGUCCAAGAGCAGAAUGCUGCUUCUCUUUGCUGUUGUAAUUCAUCAUGUGCUAUGUCUUCAGAAUCUCAAAAGCCCCUAUUGGAGGAUGGUUUUCAUGGUCUGUUCUGUAGCUGUGAAUAUAGACUGGCAGAAAGAGGGUGUUUACACAAUGAGAGACAAAGCCCUGGUCUAGUGCCUCUGCCAGUCUGUAUUAAAGAAUUACAUUGUUUGUCUUGUCAAACUGUAACUGUUGAAAAUAUUAAGACAGUAAUGAACAGAGGAGUUGAAAACAGUUCUCAUCCACACAGGUGCUCUUGUGGACAGUUAGCAAAGAUUCACUCUACAAAAUCAACCUGUCAUAGUCCUCUUUUGUCAGGGGAAAUUUGUGAUCUUUCAGCUACUCUUCAAGAAUCCUGUAGAUCUCGAAGUCCCUCACCACCACCAUUAUCACCUGUGGAGACUGGAGGAUUUGAAAAAUGGAAAGACAUCGUCUCAGAGCUUUCAGCCUUAGAAAAUAACAAACUUGAGUCAAGCAUUAACCAGCCUCCAUCUCUUACACCAGCAGAGAUAAACAUUCAUAAAUGUGGCCACGACAGCAAAAUACAUAAAACUAAGAAGUCUAGUAACUCUGAUUCUGUGCUCUUGGGUACCAGCAGUAGUUAUACUACAAAUCAUGAAAAGGGUGAAACAGCUGUAAUUUUUCAAGACUUAAUGGACCGUAUUAAUGAAAAAUUAAAGUCAAUAGAAACCACAGAUAUAUCAAACCUCAUAAAAUUAUCUAGUACUGAUUGUGACUCAGACAAUGAUUUUAAAUUGGGAGAUUUAAUAACAUCUCUUUUGCACAGUGCAACAGCCAAUGAUUAUAGUUUUAUGGAAUUGCUAAGUCAACAUGAUAAAAAGGUAGAAAAUAAGAUUAUUCAGACAAGGUUUCGAAAACGUCAACAAACGUUAUUUGCAAUGCACAACUCUCCUGAUUCACCUGUGAUCAGAAGGCAAUCUUUACAGAUAAAAAGAGAACUUGCCAGUUUUGAUGAAAACUUUCUGAGAAAAAGGUACAGUGAAAGAAAUUCAAGAAAAUUAUCAUACAAUGAUAAGAUGCUUUCAGUGAACAAAGAAUUCCAGCCUUGUCAGGAACCUUUAAAAAACUCUAAAAGCUUUCAAAAUGAAAAUCAUGCCGAAACAUUGUUUACACCAUCACUUCAGGUACCUCUUGGGAGUUUAGAAACUAAUUUGGCUCCUAAUCAAUUUUCAGAAAACUUUAAAGCAACUUCAUUUGAGAAAAUGAGCCAAAGAAAAUCACAGGAGAGGUCUACAGCUGAGAAACUUACUGUACAGAAUAAUGGGGAAAAUACAAAAUUAGAAAGUACUCCAACACUUUCGAGAACUGAUGCUUCUCUAUUGAGCAGAACUAAACGAAAUAUUGUGCCUCCAGGAUGGUAUUCUAUAUAUGUAACAAACGAUUCUGUUUCCAAAAAAUUCCUCGAGAGCAAAAGAGUAUCAGACUCUGCACACAGAAAAGAUCCAGUCAGAGAUCCAACUGAAAGUUUUCAAACUAUAGACUUAAAUAAAAUUGCGAUGAAUUCUAAUUUGCAAGUUGUUGUGGAGCGUUUAGAAGACACAAUAAAUAUGGCUCAAAGGUCUUGGACUAGUCAAGACCUAUCUGAAGGAUGUAAAGCUUCCAAGAAAUUGAUUGAAACAGGUGAUAAAGACCAAAAUGCUGGGAGAGAUUUGACUUUAAGUGGAAUGGCUUGUAAAAAUCAGGGUUUAUCAAAAUCUGCAUUGGCAUCUAGCAAUAAAAGAAGUCAUGGUAUGUCUGUAAUGGAUUUGAACAAAACAUUCGAUAAUCCGAAAACGUCACCCAUUUUAGAGAGAGGUAGCUCGACAACCAGUGUUGAAAGUUUGCCAACAAAAUGUGAAGGUAUUGAAAAUUCUGUUUCUAACUAUUCUAGUCCUAUCAAACUCAUGUUUUUAUCUGAGAUUAAAAGCAGUGAAGGAGUCAAAUACACUUUAACUUCAGUCAGCACAUCACAGUCAAAUGCUGAUUUUGAUUCUCACAAACAUAAAACCCAUCAGAUGAUUGGAAGAAAAAGAGAAGUAAAUGAAGACAUACCAAACACUAGCUUUGAAGAUUAUAGUUCUAAUCAUCAUGCUACUAACCUUCAAAGUGAAUUGAACCAAUUUAACUGUAUACCUGAGGCUACACCAUCAUCUGCAGAGUUGACUGAUAGUUUAAACAAUGAUAAGCCACAAGAAGACCCUAAGGGAAAGUCAAAUGGUGCUGUUGACUUACCAUGUAAAAGAAAGCCAGGUAGACCUAAAAAAAUUGGUCCACAAGUUGUGAAGCAGAUUAAACGGCCAAUUGGAAGACCACCAAAACCUAAAGCUGGUCAAACAGAUGUCAAUGUUUGCCAAACCAAGUCUUCUAGCCCUAGAAAGGAAAACCCACAAUCUCUCAUAUCAGAAGUCAAAGAAGAUGUUUGCAGAAAGAGUAUUAUUGUCACUGUUGUUUAUGGAAGGUCAAGAAGAACCAAGAGAUGUGUUUCUGAAGGAAGCAUGAAAAUCAACAACAUCUCACUGAACAGUGAUGGCGCUGACUUUUCAGUUAACUCUAGUCUUCUCAGAAAUACUAAAGCUCAUGAGAUUGGCUAUGGUGAAAGUCUGAGUGCUGGGUCAAGAUUGACAACUCAAAGUGGGGUUUUUGAUUCUGACUUUGAAUAUGUUAGACCAAUCAAGAGCAAGUCUAUGAUAACUCAGACUUGCAAGAACAUUAUUCGACCAAAUCAAAAGCCUUUGUCAAUUGUUAGGAAGCCUGGUAGACCUGCAAAAGUGAAAAUUUCUGGUAUAUCUGUGACUGUUAAUAGGAUUUCACCUCAGGAAAGAGAAGUAUGUGUUAGCAGUUGCUUACCUCCAUUAGAUCAGGAGAUAGUGUUAGAGAAAACUUGCCUAGAAGAAAAGCCUGACCAACAAUGCAGUAAUGUGGAUAAUAUCAAGCACACCAAUGUUGACAUAGUUAAGAAUGAAUCAAAUAGUACUGUUACUUCUAUACCUCUGAAGCAUUCAAUUAAGGCUAGAAAACCUUCUUUGCAUUUCUUACAUUCAUUUGCAUCUUCUGGCUCACUUACUUACAAAAAUACCCUUCGCCAUAAAUCAUGUAAACUCCAUUUGCAUAAAUGCAAAAAUCCAAAGAAAAAAUACAGGCAGUCAAGUUUUAGACUAGCUUCCAAAGGUAUCCCAGGAUCUAGAUGUUCAAAGAAAGCAAAAAAGUAUUUGGAAGAUAAAAAAUUAAUGCCUGUUUCUGAUGUAUCCUUGGACCCUGUGAUUUCAUCCAACCCUUUACUAAGGUGGUGGGCUACAUCUGCUUCAAAUGAUUCCUUGUUAGAGGAAUUAAACAAUAGAUUUGAACAAAUAACAAAUGCAUGGGUACAGGUGAGUAGAGAUGAAGCUCAAAAUUUUGUUCAUAAAACAGAAUACUCUAAAGGUGAUCAUUUCAAAGCAGCAAGCCCCUUGGAAACUUGUCUUCUAGAACUUGAAGUUUCACCCGUAAAAAUGCUUUUUCAGAAAAAGUAUAAUUUGAAUGAACUUUGUACCUGGUUUAUGCAAACAACAGAAACACAGUCCCUUUCACUAGUUAGAAAAGCAAAUGCUCGAAACCCUUUGGAAGUGAUAAGCACCAAGGGCAUUAAGUUAGGGGUGAAAUGCUGUGGAUUUAAUACCAGCCCCUUCAGGAAGCACUUUAAAAAAUUUGCAGUCUCUUCUCCUUCAAAACCAGCUGGGAAAUUUCAUAUACUACAUAAAAUGGUUGGCUCACCACUCUUAAAUGUGAAAAGUAAUUUAACAUUAGCGAGGUUGAAAAGGACAGAGUUUAAGAGUUUGCACUGUGAAAGGUGGAGACGAGAGGAAAGGCCGUAUAGCCACAGAACAGUUGAUUGGAACUCAAAAAGAAGGAACUUAAGAUUGUUCUGCCAGAAUCAAUCUUGGACUAACACAGAGGGGCAGACAAAUGCAGAGACAUCACUCAGUGAGAAAAGCACAGUAGGUAACCAGUGGGCCUCGUCCCCGGAACCCAGAGUCACCUUUGCUAAAAAGAGGGUAGCAGUACGUGACUUCAGAACACAUGCUAGUUUAGAGAGUAAAUUUAAGUCAGAAGCAAAGGAGAAUGGAACAGGGUGUGGACAGGUUGACGCUGAAAAGGAACAAACACUAGAAAGUGUAUCUUCUCAUAAUUGGAGGUCAAAAACUUUAAAAGACUGUAGAAUAUUUUUGAGGAAAAUCAACUGUCUUGAACACAGAAAUACUUUUAAACUAAAUACAAUAAUUUAUUCUCCUGAAUCUGUUGACAGUGGAGGUAAUCAGGCACAACCAGAAGAAUCAAAGCGUUUUAGUUUAAGAUCCCAUUCCGCAAGGCAAAGUUCCUUAAAAAAGCAAAAUGAAGAAAGAGAAAAUCCCAAAGCAAAUAGUCCUGCAAGUGGUAGGUUGACUGAUGAACUCAACAGUAGUCAGUUAAGUAAGCAUGUUAACUUUGACAAGAAUUCUGAUAAUUCUGAGGCUCUUAGCAAAUUAAACAAAAGAAAAAGACCACCAUGGAAGACCACAGAAAUGUCAGCAAAAAGACAUAAACGGCAGUCUUGCAACAGUGGACAAAUGGCAAACUAUUGUACAAAAUCCCAAGUGGGUAAGUUUUUCUCCCCUUAAUUUUAAAGUUUCAUUGUAGGUGCCUUGAGUAAAACGUAAGCUAGUAGGUAGAAAAGGAACAGCUAAUUUGGUUCUAAUUUAUUUCUAAAAUAUUUGAGCAACUUCAUUUCUUGGCACCUAGUAUGAAACUCAUGAAAUUAGGUGCUGCUAAAUGUAGUGAGUGCACUUAACUGCUAAGUUUCUGACAUUCAAACACAAGCAAAUACAUUUAGAAGAGACAUGAAGAGCAUUGUGAAAAUAGGCCAUGAGUGUAUUUGGUAGGUGACUGAACAGCUAACUAAAAAUUCACUACUGCAGGCUAAUACUUGCUUAUUCUCUUCCAAAAUACAAACUAUGAGAAUAUACAGAAAACAGCUGUGGCUGUCUCAUUUAGAGACUGUAACAUUGUAAUCCUAAGGUGUAAAUCCUCACUAAACUGUUACUCUAUUUGAUACUGUUUUGAAAACAUACUGCAAGACUGCUUAUUUAGAAGGUGGUAUACUAAAUUUUUUUCAAUGAUCAG